AUGAUUCCGGAUGUUAAGGGAUUUGUCGCCUUAGACUACAUCGUCUUUGUGUCGAUCCUUCUCGUCUCAAUAGGAACAGGGUUAUACCUGGCUUGGUGUAAACCGAAACAGGACACAAUCAAGCAGUAUGUGCUAGCGGAUAGGAAGCUGAGCAUCCUACCAGUAGCUCUGUCGAUGACUGUCUCCUUCCAGUCAUCCAUCAUGCUCCUUGGAAAUCCGGCGGAGAUAUAUAUGUACGGUGCUCCCUUCAUGUGGCAAGCCAUUGGACUAGUACUCUCUAACCUGUUCGCCAUGUGUUCCAUCAUACCUCUCAUCUAUCCCCUCAAAAUCACGAGCCUGUAUGAGUAUUUUCAGCUUCGAUUUCAAAGUAAAGCACCUCGGGUGGUCGCAACUAGCAUGGGAAUCCUAUUCAACGUCGUGUACAUGGGCAUUGUUCUCUAUGGACCUGGCAUUGCAAUUGAGGCAGCUUACUCGUUGUCCAAUUGCCCAACCACCACUUAUUAA